ACACACGCGACGUGGUGGUCGUCAACCUGUCGUCGUCGUCGCCGAUCGAUCGACAAGCGUACGUACGCCUACGCUACGCCCCCGCCGCGCAACCAACCAAAGAAACCAACCCCCCGACUGCAACUGCUACCCGAAUCCACCAGAGUCAUUGCGCGCGCGCGAGAGAGAGGAGGAAAAGCAAGCUUAGGUAAGGAGCCCGAGAAAAGCAACACACACCACCACCUCACCUCUUUUUCUUGACGAGGGAAGAAAUCAAGAAAAGGAGGAGGAGGAGGAGAAGGCGGCCUCACGUUGCGGAGCGAGAUAGGCGGGCGGGGAGGGGGAGCUAAUGGGGAACGUGACGUCGUCGGUGGCGGCGAGGCUGGCCUUCUUCCCGCCGGAGCCACCCACGUACGAGCUGGUGGCGGAGGAGGGCGGCGGCGGAGGAGGGGUGGUGAGGAUGACGGGGGUGUCGGCGGACGCCGGCGUGGAGGUGCACGCGCUGCCGACCAAGGGAGGGACGCGCGUCGUCGCCGCCUUCUGGCGCCACCCCUCCGCGCGCCUCACGCUGCUCUACUCCCACGGCAACGCCGCCGACCUCGGCCAGAUGCUCGGCCUCUUCCUCGAGCUCCGCGCCCACCUCCGCGUCAACAUCAUGAGCUAUGAUUAUUCAGGAUAUGGGGCCUCUACAGGCAAACCAUCAGAAUACAACACAUACUGUGACAUAGAGGCUGUUUAUGACUGUUUAACGAAGGUGUACGGGAUUGAACCAGAGGAUCUAAUCUUGUAUGGACAAUCAGUUGGAAGUGGACCAACAUUGCAUUUAGCCUCGCGCUUGGAAAAAUUAAGAGGGGUUGUCCUUCACAGUGCUAUACUUUCAGGCAUUCGGGUUCUAUAUCCGGUAAAAGUAACACUUUGGUUUGAUAUCUUCAAGAACAUCGACAAAAUAAAGCAGGUUGACUGUCCAGUGCUGGUUAUACAUGGCACAGCAGACGACAUCGUCGAUUUCUCCCACGGCAAGCGGCUAUGGGAGCUCGCGAAGGAGAAGUACGAGCCCUUAUGGGUGAAAGGUGGCGGCCACUGCAACCUGGAGACGUACCCUGAAUACAUCAGGCAUCUGAGGAAGUUCAUCAACGCGAUGGAGAAGCUCUCCAAGGAUAAGACAGCCAAAGCGCCCCAGUUGGCGCCGUCGUCCUCGAACAAUAACAUGACCGAAGUAAAACACAACAAGUGCUUGAGAUUCGGCAAGAGAUGAAACUGGAGAGCAGCUGAUUCCAUCGUUUUUAGCCGUUGUCACUUGUCACAAUCUACUAACCGUGCAAUAGCUGUCGUUGCUCCAUGAUCGUAUGGAGGAAGAAGAAGAAGACGAAGAAUCUGACAGGGAAGGGAGACAGCUUAUGUGAAGGAAAAGGAGUGUGUUCUGAAUUCUGAUGCUGCACAAGAAUGGUCAGUGUGAGUUUCAUCAGAUUGGAGAACAGAUGUAUACUUGUGGGUAGCAGCUUGGAUGGAGAAAUGGAGAUGCGAUGAGAAAGUGUUAGCCGUGAGCUGAAUCGAGGGGAGCUUAGUGGAAGCAGGAGAUAUGUAGUAGCAAUGUUCUGUAGUUCAGUUUACGAGCCCUCUGGGGUUCUGUUUUCUUACUUAUUAUUAUUCAGUUUGUACUAUUAGCUGCAGAUGUGCAAAUGCAAAAGAAGGGAAUCGAUUAAUUCGAAUUGAUUGCAGAAACUCAGGUACCAUAUGCCUUUGAGCGACUCUUUCUAGAUUUAACAUUGUUUCAAGCAGCAUUUACUCCCUC